AUGGUACCAAAAGCAAAUGAGGUGUGUGCCAUUUGCAACAUACCAAACCACCUUACUCAUCAAUGUCCAUCUAGGGAAGCCUACCCCGAAUUUGUCCAAGAGCAAGUGAACCUCAUGAAUUCUUACAAUCAAAGGCCAAGGAAUGAUGUGUAUUCAAACACGUAUAACCCAGGGUGGAGAGAUCAUCCCAACCUUUCAUGGAAGAACAACAAUUUCCAAAACUUCCAACCAAAACCUGCCCCUACACUUGAGGAUACGGUUAAGUUGUUAGCUCAAAACACCUUGCAAUUCCAACAAGCCACAAAUAGCACUUUCCAACAACAUUCGGCGGCUUUAAACAAAAUGGAGACACAAUUGGGACAGAUUGCUGAUGCCUUGAACCAAAGAGAGGUUGGAAAGUUUCCAAGCCAACCCGUGAUACUCCAAAGGAACCAAGAGCAAGCCAAAGCAAUCACUACACUUAGAAAUGGUAAGGUUAUCAAUAAUAGAGUUGGCAAUGAAGUUACUAAUGAAUUUGAUCAUGUGAAUGCAGGGGUUACUCAAGGAGAAAAUGAGAAACCAAAUGAGGAACCAAGCCAUGCCAAUUCCUCAUUUGAAGCACCAAAUCUUCACAAGGCCGAGAAGCCUUACACUCCACCAAUACCAUUCCCUGGAAGACUUGCCAAGAGCAAGCAGGAUAAGUCAUUUAAAGACAUUUUUGAUAUUCUAAGUAAAGUGAAUGUUAACUUACCUUUGCUUGAUGUCAUUAGGAACAUGCCAGCUUAUGGGAAAUUCUUCAAAGAGUUAAACAACUACAAAAAGAAGUAUGGACCACAUGAGAAGGUAGUGGUGUCUGAGAAUGUAAGUGCAGUGUUGCAAAGAAAACUUCCACCAAAGCUUAAAGAUCUAGGGAGUUUCUCUAUCAACAUUACCAUAGGAGAAAAUAAAGUUGAAAAGGCAAUGCUUGAUUUGGGUGCUAGCAUCAACUUAAUGCCUUAUUCUGUGUAUCUUCAACUAGGUUUGGGGGAAUUGAAAGCCACCACCAUUUCAUUACAACUUGCGGACAGAUCCGUGAAGUAUCCAAGAGGUAUAGUAGAGGAUAUUCUAGUUCAAAUUGAUAAACUAAUCUUGCCUGCGGAUUUUGUAGUGUUGGACAUGGAAGAAGCGCCUAUACAUGACCGAGAGUUGCCUAUUUUGCUUGGAAGACCAUUCAUGGCCACGGCCAAGACCAUCAUUGAUGUGCAAAAUGGACUCCUCACUAUGACAGUGCUAGGAAAGACCGUGCAAUUUAAAGUGUUUGAGUCUCUUUCUCAUCCUUCUUCAUCUCUUGAGUGCUAUGCCAUUGAUGUGCUUGAUUCAAUUGUUUUCUCUAAGUUCUUGCAGGCACAAUCUAUUGAACCAUUACAAACUGUUUUGACUCAAUCUCAAGAUUAG